AUGGUGGAUGUGCUGGGCGGGCGGCACCUGGUGACCCCCGGCGGCGCGUGGGUGGAGGCCGAGGCUGCGCUGCAGAACAAGGUGGUGGCGCUGUACUUCGCGGCGAUCCGCUGCGCGUCCAGCCGCGACUUUACACCGCUGCUCUGCGACUUCUACGUGGAUCUGGUGGAGCAGGCGCGCCGGCCCGCGCCCUUGGCUGUGGUCUUGGUGUCCACCGACAGCAGUGCACAGGAGAUGCAGGACUUCAUGCGUCUGCUGCCCGGCUCCUGGCUUGCUCUGCCCUUCCACGACCCCUACCGGCAGUGA